AUGUUGCCAGUAAUCCCGGAGAGCCACGACGAGAUGACGGAAACCUCGAACGAACAAGGAGUCAGAACCAUCGCGCCUCGUGCCGCACCACCAGCUCGGCCAACGACGCCACCACCAGCUCGGCCAACGACGCCACCACCAGUUUGGCCAACGACGCCACCUCCAGCCGGAGCUCCUGUCGCAGUUCCAGCCGCAGCUCAUGUCGCAGUUCCAGCCGCAGCUCCUGUCGCAGCUCCUGCCGAACUCGGAGAAACAACUUCACGAAGAACCAAUCUUGACGAAGUCAUCCGAUCUUUCCUCGACCGACUCGACUUACAGAACACAAGAACUACCGAACGCAUCAACGUGAUUGUCGCUGCCCAGAAGGCAUCACCGGUGAACCGACGCAAUAGGCCUGCUUCUAUCGUUGUUGGGUCCAUCGACGAGCACACCCGUGAAAAUGCGCUGAACCGUGACAACCGGCCGAACAUCGACACUCGAACAUACCGAAUAGAAGACCACUAUAUCGGUGCGAGCGAUCCUCAUCAAUCCGAUAUACCUGCUCGCAACGCUGAUCUCGUCAAUUUGACAUUUCUUCUCGUUUAUCCAUCCGUUCCUGCUCGUCAAACGCUCGUCAAUUUGAAAGCCGUCAACCCGAGAAUUCCUGCUCUCAACUGUGAGCUCAUCAAUCCUACAGUUCCUGCUUGUCGACUGUUAAAUUGUCAACCCGACAGUUCUUGCUCGUCAACUGACAACACCUCGUCCAACUACCACAUCGAGCUCGUCUUCAAGCUUCUCAACUCGUCCUUAAGUCUCUUAGCUCGUCUCCAAGCUCUUCACAUCUCCUGA